AUGGCCGUGAACAUUUCGACUGGGGUGAUGAACUCACUCCUGGUGAAGCUGGAAGAGGUGUGUCGAUACGACUUGGCAGAGUUCCAAUUUUCUACCCAAUUUGAUUUCAAGAACAAUAUCUGGAACUUGAAAGAGGAGUUGAGCUGCAUGAAUGCUCUACUGGAGAAGCUGCCUGACAUGGAGGCUCUGAAUAUUCAGGAGAGGGAGCUGAGGAACAAGGUACGUGAGCUGGCCUACUUUGUCGAGGACAAAAUUGACAUGUUCAUGCACAGUUUUGGCACUGCAGUUGACAAGGCCACCUUGCUCACUGACACGAUGGAGCUGAUGCUCCCUAACUUGUUCGCCAAAAUCGACGAAAUCAAGGAUUAUUAUGCUGUCGAGGAAGUCAAAAGAGUAGAGAGAUACAAUCUCGACGUUGACGAGUGUAUCAGCUCUAAUCCGAGACAGAUAGACGAAAUCGAUGAUGAUAUUUCACCUGUCCUGUGUGGAGAGGCAAAUAGUCUCGUCGGCAUCAAUGUCCCGUGUGAGGUGAUUACGCAGUUGCUAAUGGAGGACAUGGAAGGAGAGUCAGGACAGCAUCCUAAGGUGCUCUCCAUUGUGGGGCUUGGGGGUCUUGGUAAAUCAACUUUGGCCAUCCAGGUUUAUAAUAAAAUCCAUGGCAGAUUUGAGUGCGUGGUGUUUGUGUUUGCAUCACGAAACCGUAGCGCGUCAGUGAUUUUAAAGGACAUUCUUUCACAACUCAAAUACGAUGGAUCGGCUGAUGACAUACAAAGUCUGAUCGACGCAACCAGAGAAAAACUCGCUUGCAAGAGGUUCCUAGUUGUAAUCGAUGACAUAUCAAGCAUAGAAACAUGGAACAGUAUUAGUGGUGCAUUUGUCGAAAACAACAGUGGAAGCAGAAUUAUUACAACUACGCGAACAAAGGAUGUAGCAAAUGCCUGCUGCUCUAGCUUCCGUGGCAUUGUCUAUAAGAUGAAACCACUAGGUUGGACGGACUCCAGAAGCUUAUUCUUCAGAAGAUUAUAUGGGUCAGAUAACUACAUCCCUGAACCUGAAGAACUCGUAAUUGUUGUUGAUAUUUUAAGAAAAUGUGGAGGAGUUCCGUUGGCUAUAGAUGUCAUAGCUAGUCUUUUGGCUAGUCAAAGAGAAGUUAACAAACUGGAUAAUUGGUUGAAGAUAAAAAACUCUAUGGGGUUUGAACUGGAAACAAAUCCUAACUCUAAAUGGAUGAAGCAUAUACUUAAACUUAGCUAUAAUAAUUUAUCUUGGGAUCUGAAGACGUGCCUCCUAUAUCUUCAUAUGUAUCCUGAAAACAUUAACAUCAUGAAGAAAGACUUGGUAAGACAAUGGAUAGCAGAAGGAUUUAUUACCCAAAGAGAUAACCGAGACCUGGAAGAUAUUGCUGAGAGCUACUUCAGAGACCUCAUAAAUAGAAGCCUGAUAAAGCCAGUUCAGUUUAAGUAUGGUGAGGUUGUCUCCUGUCGUGUUGUGCACAAUUUGUUACUUGAUCUUAUUGUUGAGAAGUCGACGGAGGAAAACUUUGUGACUUUUCCUGAUACAAUUGGGGAACUGCGAUAUUUGCAAGUGGUUGACAUAAAUUGCGGCACUAAUCUCGUACUCGUGGGUGGAUUUCUGCGUGAUGCUUGUUUACCAUCAUUGCGGCAUCUGAGAGCUGCAGGGAGUGAAGAGCUCGGCAGGGGGAUUAACAGGCUGACCUCUAUACGUACACUUGAAGGAAUUAACUUCUGCAAUUGCUUUGUUGAAAACAUCCGACAUCUUGGGGUGCUGACCAAUCUAAGGACGCUUGGUGUCAUCUACAAUCGCCGUCGAGGCAACGAUGAAGAUGACCUGAUAGAUAUGGUAAAGUUUGCUGCUCUUGCCACUUCUCUCAGGGAACUGGGCGGCUGCAACCUCCGCUGUCUAGAUUUCAGAGUUGUUCUAGAGGGGAAUAUCAGGCAACCACCCAUUAGCUUCUUGUGCAGCUGGUCUCCUCCUCCACAAUUCCUUCAGAGGUGUCACCUUUACAAGGCGUUCCAUAGGGUUCCAUAUUGGAUACAACAGGUUGAGACCUUAACUAGUCUGUGUCUCAAGGUCGUUGAACUCAAGGGUGAUGAUAUGCGAGUUCUCUCAAGGUUACCCUGCCUAGCUUACCUUGACUUGCAAGUGUUCAUGGUUCCUGGCAUGGAGAUCAUUAUAGAUAGUGUAUCAUUUUCAGUUCUCAAAGAACUAAAGUUGACCUAUGGAUCCUCCACCUCCAGUUUGUCGAUCAAGCCAGGAGCAAUGCCAAAGCUUAGAAUUAUGCAUCUUAUUGUUUUUGGCCAGGCAGAACAAGAUACCAAGUCUCUAUAUGGCAUUCAGCACCUUCACAGCCUUGAAGACGUCAUAAUCACAUCUGAUUACAAUAAUGUGUUGGUUUCAUUUAGGGAAGCCCUCGAUAGGCAUCCGAGGAUUGGUUCCAUCCAAGUAUGCAUAGGAGCAUCUUCGGAUCUAUAA